CGCCUAAUAAUCUUCCACCGUAAUGCCAUAAAGAAACCCUAAUACCUAAACCCCUUCGGCCGUCUCUUAAAGCCCCACUUUCCAGGCGGAACCUUGGCCGGUUUUCUCUUUCGGAUCCAGCCAAGAUGUCGAUGUCGAAAACUUCCAAGAUGCUUCAAUACAUCAAUUAUCGGAUACGUGUCACGGUCCAGGACGGCCGUCAGUUGGUCGGAAAAUUCAUGGCUUUCGAUCGCCACAUGAAUCUCGUUCUCGGAGAUUGCGAGGAGUUCCGGAAGCUUCCACCGACUAAGGGCUCGAAAGAAGAGCGCGAGGAUCGCCGCACUCUCGGCCUUCUCCUCCUCCGUGGCGAAGAAGUUAUCUCCAUGACUGUUGAGGGUCCGCCUCCUCCCGAUGAAUCCCGCGUCAAGGCAACUGGAGCUGCAAAUGGCGUUCCCGGGCCCGGUAUUGGUCGUGGCGCUGGGAGAGGGGUUCCUACUGGGCCGUUGGUUCAGGCCCAGCCCGGACUUGCUGGUCCGGUUCGUGGUGUUGGUGGGCCCGCUCCGGGAAUGAUGCAACCUCAGAUCUCUCGUCCUCCGAUCAACUACCCUCAGCAACCGCCUCCGGGAAUGGCUCCUCCACCGCAGCCCUUGAUGGCUAGAUCAGGCGUGCCUCCAAUGGGAGCGCCGCAGCAGUUCCGACCUCUUCCGCCAGGGCAAUUCCCGCCGCAGUUUGGGCAACGGCCUAUGGUGCCGCCUCCUCCUAUGAUGAGGGGUCCACCACCUCCCGGAGCUCCGCCUAGGCCCAAUAUGCCUGGACAGCCUCCUCGCCCUGGGAUGCCGCCUCCACCUCCUGGUGGUCAAGUUCAUGUCUUUGGACCUCCCCGUCCUGGAAUGCCGCCCCCACAGAAUCAGUAGUUGUGGGAUUCAGUGCACUACAGAACUUGUGUAGCAAGUGUUUUUGUCACCCUGAAUUAGGGAGCUAUUGCAGUUUGUACUCAAAAUUAAGGUAAAAAGGGGUGAGAGGAUUAAGAAACUGGUAGCAAGUAGUGACAUAAUUUAUCUUCUCAUGUUGAUUUCCUUUUUCCUGCUGCCCCCUUUUUGGUACAUAAAUUAACUAAUACAAUUUGGGGAUGUUUUUAGUUGAAAUCCAUGUAGGGAUGAGGUUUUUCUUGUUUGAUAUGACUAUAUGAGGGAUUAAGUUUAGAAUAUAAUUGCCAAGGACGUUGUGGUCUAGUGGCACCAAGUUUUUCCCUCAUAUGGGAGGUUGUGCGUGGCGAUAUUGACUCUUUGUGUUUCAAUUUGUUGAGAAAGUAGUUAUGAACAGAUACUCUAUUGUAAUAGAGUAGGUAGUAUUCAAAAAAAAGUUUAGAAUAUAAUUAGUUUGUUCUCAAGUUUAUCAUUAACAUUUACUCAGUACUUUGUAAAUUGUAAUGUAUAUUGGAAAUCUAUAUUAUAGCAAGGCACCAUAUGCUGUGUUUUGUGAA